AAUAAUUUCUCACUCUUCUUUUGAUGACGGUACUUGACCGAGGUAAAGUCGAACAGCUUCAUGUCGGACACUCGUCAGAUACUCGGGUCGUCGGCCCUUUUCUUUCUCUCCAUGUUUUCUCUGGAGUUUCUUCUCAGUCCAAUGCGUGUUUGAAACACAGGUUGUAGUCUUUUUUCACGACGGCCGUUUUGGCACGAGAGAGCUGAUAAACACAGGUUGUGAGCGGAAGUGCCUUGUCCCACUCGGUCUGUCUUGACUGUGGUGCUCAGGAAAAGCAUGGGGAAACUGGAGGAAACGGUGCGUGGGGAAAGGAGGGUGCCGAGACGACCAGAGGAUGGGGAUGACCUGUUUCAAGCUGGUUAUUAAUGCUCAGCGCAGUAAUAUUUUUUUCCCUCCUGACCUCGGCCGUGUGUUGGAUCCAGCCGAUGAGCCGCUGGUCGUAGUUUGAUCCUCUGGUCCUUUAUUAUUUUCCAAGGAUGCGACGGGCCCGCCGUGUCCUGCGCACUGUGGACACAUCCAUCAGCUGCUGUUUUGGUUUCAGGUGGCUGGGGUUUUAUCUGAAGCACUGAAUUUACAUCAGAAUAAUUUGAACAGUGCAGCAUUAAAAACAGUUUGUUAAAAAAAAAAAAAAAAAAAAAAAAGUGAUAAUAAUAAAUAAUAACAAGGCGUUGUGCAGGACCAAUAUCACUGUUGGAGUCUUCUUCCCUCCUCGUCGGGUUACUGUCCUCCAGUGUGAUGGCUGUCUUGUCGGUACUCGUCUCCCUGCUCCUCCUGUCCCUCCCAGCUCCCAGCUGUGGGUCUCCGUCCUGCCCAGGCGUGUGUCGGUGCUACAGCCUCACUGUGGAAUGUGGCUCAACAGGCUUGCGGGACGUCCCCAAGCAUGUCCCCCCGUCUACACAGACCAUCUUCCUCCAGGAUAAUGUUAUUGGUCAGAUCCGCUGUCAGGACCUCUCUCAGCUGGGGCAGCUACUCUACCUCUACCUGCAGAACAAUUCCAUAUCGGCGGUGGAGCCCGGCUCUUUCCAAAACCAGGGUCAGCUGUUAGAGCUGGCGCUGAAUGGGAACCGGAUCCAUCUGGUGACGGCUGACAUGUUCCAGGGGCUUGAGCAUCUUCGCAUCCUAUACCUGUCAGGAAAUGACAUCACACGUCUGCAAGACUACACCUUCCGCGGGUUGCAGCGUCUCCAGGAGCUCCAUUUGCAGCACAACAGUAUAGAAAUGCUGGCAGACCAGGCACUGGUUGGCUUGACUUCUCUAGCUCUUCUGGAUUUGAGCAGGAACAAUCUCCACACCAUAGGUCCUGCCUCGCUACGACCGCUGGUCAGCCUACAGGUGCUGCGUAUCACAGACAAUCCAUGGCGGUGCGACUGUGCUCUCCACUGGCUGCGGAGCUGGAUCGACGAGGAGGGCCAGCGGCUGCUUAGCUCAGCAGAGCGUCGUUUGGUCUGCACUGAGCCGCCACGCCUCUCCCACCUAAGCCUGGUCGAAGUACCCCUCAACAGCCUGGUGUGUAUCCCUCCGCUAGUACAACUAGAGCCCAGGAGGCUAGCUGUACGGCUGGGGGAAAGCCUGAGGGUGUCCUGCCAUGCGUCUGGCUACCCAAGACCACAGGUGACCUGGAGGAAGGCAUCCCAGGGAAAAGUAGUGCUGUCUCCCAGAGGCCUGGUGCAGGAAAUGGGUGCUGGAGCAGCUGGAGGAGGAGAAACUGAAGGCGCAGAGGAAUACUCAGAGGAAGGCAGAGUCCAUCUACAGAAAAUUGAUGGCGAGCGCUUCGACCCCGACACGGGCAGCGGCAUGCUGUUUCUCAGUAAUGUGACUGUGGCCCACGCAGGCUUCUAUGAGUGUGAAGCCUGGAAUGCAGGGGGUGUGGCCAGGGUGACCUUUCAGCUGGCUAUCAACUCAUCCACCUCCUCCUCCUCUUCUUCCUCCUCUAUUUGGGCCUCGUGGUCCCAGGUAUCCUCACCGUUCUACCCCUCUUGGCCACGCUUGAGGAACCAUCGUCCUGCUGCAGGUUCCGAUGUUAGCCGUGAGCCACUUUACGGCAUGGGCAGCAUGGCCUUCAGUGCUCUGGGAGCUGCCACGCAGACAGCCAUAGCUAUAGGUAUCUCCCUCCUGGCUCUUACUGCACUCCUGUUGGUCGUUAUGAUCUACAGCCGGCAUCACCAAAGAGAGAAGGAGGCUGACGGAGCCGAGAAGGAAGAGAGCAUCCUCUACGUGAACGAUUAUUCAGAUGGCCCAACUACUUUCGCCCAGCUGGAAGAGUACCGCGAUGAGCGUGGCCACGAAAUGUAUGUCCUCAACAGGGCCAAACCUGUGUUGCCGCCUGCACCGCCCACAGCUGUCACCACCACUAACCUGAGUUACCCCACCCCGUCCGAGGCACUGUCGUCCAGCCCUGCACUCUCCUCAGGACCUGGGCAGACCAUGAGCCCGUCCCUGGCUCCCAACAAACAGCAGCAGCUGGAGCCCGAUAUACGGACCAUGCGGAGGAUGGCAGGGGAGGGAGGGGAAGCAGAACCUGUGAUCACAUCAGAGGCUGAGGGGAUGUUUCUCAACCACACUGGCCUCUUCAUGGACUCUCAGAUUGCCUAUGAAAUCCACUGUUGAAGGGAGGAGAGGAUCUACUGGAUCAUCACGGAUGGAGAAGCGAUGUGAUGUUUGAUCUUACUGCUACAGUGUGGGGUUUUAUUACCACAGGCACUGUCUGUCUGAGAUAAUACUCUGUGUAUCGCAUUUUAUCUGAAGGAAGUCAAGGAAUUUACUGCUGGAAUCUGCUUUUAAAUGAGAGAAAGACUCAUCCAUGUGGAGGGAUUUACUUUAAAAAUCUACAGUUACUGGAGGAGGGAAGAACCUGGAAGAUGUGAUGGCACAAAAGAGCUUUUUUGUUGUGGAUCAUCAAUGAGGAGAGCUUAUGUUGCAUCCAAAGUCAUGACAAACCUCAUCUAUGACUAAGGAAAAAUUAAUGAGAGGCUGUUGUGCCAGAAGAGCCGCUGGCCCAAGAUUUACCUUUCGCUAAAAUGCCGUUGGUAAUACUAAAAAUAUUCCCAGUGAUGUACUGGUAGUACAAAGAGUAGAUAUACUGGGGAAGGCUGAUAUUCCAGCCUGGUGUCACGGCAGAUUGAGAUAUAGUCAUGAAAAUGUAAUCAAAUUCGUGUAAAUGGACACAAGUUGUCCAUUUUUUUCAUGACAGCAUGACUUUAAAAGUAAUCUGUAGUAUAUUUCAUGCCUGUACCACAUUGUGAGGUAGGAUAAAGAGCCACAAACUCCGCAUUAGGAGUCAGAUGGGCUGGUGGAUGGAUCAGUCAACACAACUUUUAUUCAAGAAAGCCAGGUUUGAGUCUGAGGUGAGACCAGUGUUUGUUUGUUGUAGACCGAGACCGUGUCCAUGACCGAUUUGCUGCCUAAUCCUAACCUUUCCCUAACCUUAACCAACUUGUUUUUAUACAUAAAUGUAACCUUUCCACACCUGGAUAUACGCUUUUGUGGGCUAAAGCUACUGAAAUUUAGCCUCUGGAAGUGGUUUCAGCCACCUCCACGAAAGGAAACAUGUUCAUGGACACAAAUUAUAUCUGUGUCCAUGAACAUAAAAAGACAAACUCGAUUACAUUUCAUGACUGUUGCUCCAAAUCCAUGAGACAGGGUUGGAUAUUCCAAUAUAAGUGAAUGGUAAUUCGGAAGAUAGAUCAAUAAACCUUGACCUCGCACUCAAAUAAAGUGAGUGGUAACUAGGGGGAUCUGUAACUCUGUACUCCAGCAUAAGUUGACAUAAGCUGAUAGAUAGAUAUAUUGCGAUAGCAUAGUCCAAUAUAAAUCAGUGGCAUCUAGGCUGGUAAAAAAAGACUCUACACUCCAGUCCAGUGAACACUAACAAGGCUGACCAGAUAAAUAAGUGGGUAUGUUCAGUGUAGUCCAGAGAAAAGGGCAUUCACACUCUGUACUGUACUUCACUGGGUUCGCCUAAAUCAGAACCACUUUAAUACUGGAAUCCUUCCACUGCCUUUACAGGGUUUAAAACUUGCAUCUGUCAUGGUAAUAGCUCAAGACAAACCCAUGUUUUUUUUUUUUUUUUUUUUUUUUUUUUUUUUUACCAUAAUGAAACAAGGAACAUUUGAAUAUUUCUAAAGACAGUAAGCACUGAGGAAGCCUUGUGGUGGAGGAGACAGGAUCUUAAAGGAUAAUUCUGUCUAUUUUGAAUACAGGCCUGUUUGCCACAUUGCUCAUCAGUUCUGAUCAAUUCAUAUCCAUUUAACCAGUACAGAAUGACUUACCUGUAAAUGCCAUUGAAAUGGUAGGCAUGGUGGUCUCCAACAAAACACACUGCAGCACCUGCAGCAGUCAGGAAAUGUUU